UGCAGGGUGUGUACCAGAGAGCUGGACGGCGGUCGCUUUCUAUGGAAUGCUGUUGCUGGAGCACUACUCUCAUCCUUAGGAGAUGAUCAGUGUGUGGACUAGAGAUUAAAGCAAUGGCAUAUGAUGGAUAUCUUCUUCCUUCAGGGAAAAUGCAUUUUGAGCUACACGCGAAGUUCGUCGUUUUCUUGUGGAUGAUAAUUUACGAUGAUAGCAUCUCCAUGACAUCGCCCCGUUAGAAAAUUUUAGCGCACGUAAUUUUUAUAUUACAAAAUGUCUAAAAGGAACAGUACAGUGCUGAUGCGACCGCGGUCCAUGUCUAUAGGUAAAAAAUCAGAAACUGUCAAGGUGGUGGUUCGGUGCCGCCCUGUAAACAAGAAAGAAGAAGCGAUGAGUCACGAGAAAAUUGUUGAAGUGGAUGUGAAAUUGGGACAGGUAAGCGUGCGCAAUCCUAAAGCGGCAGGAACUCUGUUGAAAACAUUCACGUUUGAUGCGGUCUAUGACAUGCUUUCAAAACAACAUGAAUUGUAUGAUUAUUCAUGUAAACCUCUUAUUGACUCUGUCUUACUUGGUUUCAAUGGAACCAUAUUUGCUUACGGUCAAACUGGAACUGGAAAAACGUACACCAUGCACGGGCUGCCCACGGAUUCAGAGAAACAAGGAGUCAUACCAAAUUCUUUUCAGCACAUUUUCACACAUAUAUCUAGGUCUCAGAACCAGCAGUACUUGGUCAGGGUGUCUUAUCUGGAAAUAUAUCAAGAUGAAAUACGGGACCUACUUUGCAAGGACAACUGUAAAAAACUGGAGCUGAAGGAAAAUCCAGAAUUAGGCGUGUAUGUCAAAGACCUCUCAUCUGUCGUGACAAAAAGCAUCAAAGAAAUUGAGCAUGUGAUGAACUUGGGAAAUCAGUCCAGGUCUGUUGGAUUUACUAAAAUGAAUGAGCACAGUUCACGGUCACAUGCAAUUUUUGUUAUAACCAUUGAAUGCAGUGAGAUGGGCAUUGAUGGAGAGGAACACAUUCGUGUAGGGAAAUUAAACAUGGUAGACCUCGCUGGCAGUGAACGUCAACGCAAGACGGGUGUCCAGGGCCAAAGAUUCAAAGAAGCCACCAAGAUAAACUUGUCCCUCUGUGCUCUUGGAAAUGUCAUUUCAGCCCUGGUGGACGGGAAAAAUUCUCACAUCCCAUACAGGGAUUCCAAACUGACCCGCCUGCUACAGGAUUCCUUAGGCGGGAACUCUAAAACAGUCAUGGUGGCUACAAUAGGACCCGCCUCAUGUCACUAUGAGGAGACCCUUUCCACUCUGAGAUUUGCAAACAGAGCAAAGAACAUCAGGAACAGGCCAAAGAUCAAUGAGGACCCCAAAGAUGCUUUGCUCCGUGAAUUCCAAGAGGAGAUAGCCCGUCUGAAGGCACAGCUAGAGGAACGAGGGAUGCUGGCAAAGGAAAGGAGGAAGCGUAGGAAUAGUGUGAGGAUGAAGAGAAGCAUGAGCAGUGGGGAGGUGGAAACACCCAAAAACGCAGAGGUGAAUGUAAUUGAGAUGGUGCAGGAGGAGACAGUAGAGGAAUACUGGUGGAAGCAGCAGGUGGGGCAGAUGGCCAAGAGCUCUGCCAAUAACAGCCCGGAGGUUAGGAGGAAAUUAGACAUGCUGGAUGAGAAAGCGAAGGCUGUGGAGGAUUUGCUUAAGGAGCAGCAGGCCAUGGAAAUCAUGAUUUCAAAAUACAAGGCCUUGGAAAGUAAGCUUUUGAUUGGAGGAAAAAACAUCAUUGACCACACCAAUGAGCAGCAGAGGAUGCUGGAGUUAAAGAGGCAGGAGAUUGCAGAGCAGGAGAGACAGGAAAGGGACAUGCAACAGCUGAUGUUUGAGCAGGAUGAGGAGACAGUGGAGCUGAAAGAGACCUUCUCUACUCUACAGCAGGAGGUGGAUCUUAAGACCAAAAAGCUUAAGAAGCUGUAUAGCAAACUGCAGCUGGUGAGAUCUGAGAUAGGAGACAUCAUUGAUGAACACGUGACAACAAGACAGGAACUGGAGCAGACACUAAAUGAGCUGACAAGAGAGAUGAAAUUCAAGAAUCUCAUCAUUGACAAUUUCAUUCCUCCUGAGGAGAAAAACAAGAUCAUAAACCGCCUCCACUUUGACAGCGAGGAAGACCAGUGGAAAAUCCUGCCCCUUCUCCCAUCACAAAACAAAUCCCCUCGUGUCAGACAAAGGCCAACUUCUGUAGUAGGAUACAAGAGACCAAUUAGCCAGUAUGCACAGGUUGCUGUGGCAACAGGAGCUCCUUGCAGAUACAGGGCAGAAAACGUCAUGCUUCUUGAGCUGGAUAUGACGCCACCAGCCAUGGUCCCUCUGGACUUACAAGGGGCAGAGAUGAGGAUGCAAGACUUACUCUGUGACUUUGGUCACCACAGGAGGACGACAGCAUCACGCGUAAUGCGGGCCAGAUCAUGGUAUCAAGGACCAACUCUGCCAGCUCCUUCAUCAAGCAGCUCUGAGGCGUCCGGUUCUCGGUGUUCACCUUCAGCCACAGGGGCAUGUGCUGCUAUACUCCAACCAUGAAAUAUUUUAAAAUGAGAUGGAUUCAGACAUCUCAUAAAUCAACAGAAAACUCUAUCCAAUGGCUUGUAUGCUGUUUUUUGUGAGCUUUUGGGUUUUCAUUUGGCUUUUACUUUGUUACACGCUAAUUCUGCAUCAGCGCUUUCAAUGAAAAAAAAAUGCACAGUUUUCUCCUGUUUACUUGAAACUUUAAUCUUAAUGUAAUGCAUAAUCCUGUAGUCUAAUGUCAUUCUUGAAUAAAAAAAAAACAGUAAAUAGUUAAAUAGCAUAAUAAACCAGUGACCUGCUAAUGGUGCCACUUAUUUAAAAGGCAUAUAAUAAUGUGUCCACUCAUGAUUUGUAUCUCCACCAAGAACUGACCUGAAAUAUGUAAUAUGAAACAUUCAUUCAAACCAAUGCCAUAUUCGUUUACUAUAACAUUAACAGAUACUGACCUCUAGAGGAUAUAAUCCAGAUAUAACAGCCAUUUUCUAAGUUAACAAUGAGCCUAUUCUUUAAAAUCUAAAAUUACUUUUUACGUUUCAGUUUCAUUUCUGUGACAUGGAAAUUAUAAAAUCCUCUGUAUCCAUACUUUGUUUCUUUAACUUGAUCUGAAAAUCCCCAGGUUGGUAGCACAAUUCUGUCAGUCACAGCGCUUAAGAGAUAACCACCUGUUAUAUAAUGCCAAUAA